AUGGCGGCCUCCUGGAGGCUGGGCUGUGACCCUCGGGUGCUACGCUACCUCUUGGGCUCCGGCGGCUGCCGAAGACUGGGGCUGGUGAGGGGCGCUUCCGGAUGGUCUUUCGGUCGCGGAGCUAGUUGGAGAUGGCUUCACAGCACGCAGUGGCUGCGGGUUGAUCCCAUUAAGAUACUGAUGCCAUCACUGUCUCCUACAAUGGAAGAAGGAAAUAUUGUGAAAUGGCUAAAAAAGGAAGGUGAAGCUGUGAGUGCUGGAGAUGCCUUAUGUGAAAUAGAGACUGACAAAGCUGUGGUUACCUUAGAUGCAAGUGAUGAUGGCAUCUUGGCCAAAAUAGUGGUUGAAGAAGGAUCUAAAAAUAUACGGCUAGGUGCACUAAUUGGUUUGCUAGUUGAAGAAGGAGAAGAUUGGAAACAUGUUGAAAUCCCCAAAGAUGUAGGUCCUCCAUCACCAGCUUCAAAACCAUCAGUGCCUUGCCCCUCGCCAGAACCACAGAUUUCUACUGCUGUCGAAAAGGAACAUAUACCGGGAAAACUGCAGUUCCGUUUAAGUCCAGCUGCCCGUAAUAUUCUGGAAAAACACUCCCUGGAUGCUAGCCAGGGCACAGCCACUGGCCCUCGGGGGAUAUUCACUAAAGAGGAUGCUCUCAAACUGGUCCAGUUGAAAGAAACGGGCAAGAUUACUGAAUCCAGACCCACCCCAGCCCCUCUAGCUACUCCCGCAGUGCCUCUGCCCCCACAGGCCAUGGCCACGCCACCAUACACACGGCCGAUGAUCCCACCGGUCUCAACUCCUGGACAACCGAAUGUAGUGGGCACAUUCACUGAAAUCCCUGCUAGCAAUAUUCGAAGAGUUAUUGCCAAGAGGUUAACUGAAUCUAAAAGUACUGUACCACAUGCAUAUGCUACUACUGACUGUGACCUUGGAGCUGUUUUAAAAGCUAGACAAAGUCUGGUCAGAGAUGACAUUAAAGUAUCAGUAAACGAUUUUAUUAUCAAGGCAGCAGCUGUUACCCUUAAACAAAUGCCAGAUGUUAAUGUAAGCUGGGAUGGAGAGGGCCCAAAGCAACUGCCCUUUAUUGACAUUUCAGUGGCUGUGGCAACAGAUAAAGGUUUAAUUACGCCAAUCAUAAAAGAUGCUGCCGCUAAGGGUAUACGGGAAAUUGCUGACUCUGUAAAGGCUCUAUCAAAGAAAGCAAGAGAUGGAAAACUGUUACCUGAAGAAUACCAAGGCGGAUCUUUUAGUAUUUCCAACUUGGGCAUGUUUGGCAUCGACGAGUUUACUGCAGUGAUCAACCCUCCUCAGGCCUGCAUUCUGGCCGUCGGGAGAUUCCGGCCUGUGCUCAAGCUCACGCGGGACGAAGAGGGGAAUGCCCAGCUGCAGCGGCACCAGCUCAUAACGGUCACCAUGUCAAGUGACAGCCGGGUGGUGGACGACGAACUGGCUACCAGGUUUCUUGAAAGUUUUAAAGCAAACCUGGAGAACCCCAUCCGACUGGCCUAGCCUCCAACAUGAGAAGUUGGUCUCUGGCUUAGUUAAUUGAGUAGCUGGUACUAGAACCUACACUGUAAGAAAACAAUUAGGUAUACAAGCGCGAAGUGGAUGAGUUGUUUAUUUAUUUAGGGUGAACGAGUUUGUCCUCCGAGUUGUCCUCAUUUUCAGCUUGAGUUUAAUGUUACAGAAAUAAAUAACAAACCGUAACUCGUAAAAGAAAGAGAACAUUUGGUUCGUCAGAUUCAUUUUUAACCUCUGGUGCUGUUCUAAAGUGAAAUGUAAAUUAAAUUGUUUGGCUCAUGUGAGCAUUUUAGACUAUUUGAGAAUGUAUGAUAAAUUGUAAAAUGGGAAAAAUCGUGAGAACUAAUUAUGUUGAAAUUAGAAGUGAGCGUCAAAGAGAAGCCCAUUAAUUUAAGCAGUGGGACCUCACUUUUCAUAAGCACUGCUCUAGAUAUACUUGAACAAUUUAAUAUGUACAGAAGUGUAUUCUGGAUAAUAGUAAGUAAAUAAGGAUCACAUUGUAUUAGGGGUUGUGGCAACAUUAUUGAAUUUUUUAUGUAUAUAAAGCCAUAGGUUUUAGAGUGGUUUCUAUCAGUCUUAUUUUUCACUUCUAUGACACUGUGAACUUAUAAAGAGGAAGAAUUAAAAAGUCAAAAAUAAGAGAGAGAGACCAAAACAUUUGUUUCAGUAAUAAACUAUAGUGAAAAUAUCUAAACUUUCUGAAAUAAACUGUU